AUGUCCGCACAAUCCACCCUGAAGCUUCAGACUCUCGCCAUAAGAAGCUCAAGCUUCGAUUUUGAAGGCGACCCACCAUGCAAAACAGCAAAAAGGCUUCGAUCGAAGAAGCUCCUUCGAAUCAUACUCACCGAUCCCGACGCCACCGAUUCAGAAUCUUCCAACGAUGAAGCAGAAGAGCAAAACCCAUCACCGAGGGUAAAAAGGGAAAUUAUCACUCACAUAAUGACCCCUCGGCUUCACUCUUCGCAUUCUUCUUCUCCAACCGCAUCUUCAUCACCUUCUUCUCCUUCAAUCGGUUCGGGUCAAAACCAUGUUGACCGGAACCGGUUCAAGAGGAAAAUAAAACGCACCAUUUCUGGUUCUGGAAGGUUCCGUGGCGUUCGUCAGAGACCGUGGGGGCGGUGGACGGCAGAGAUUCGUGACCCGAACCGAAGAAAACGGGUUUGGUUGGGCACUUUUGACACCGCGGAGGAGGCUGCCGCUGUUUACGACGCCGCGGCAGUUAAGUUCAAGGGUCCCGGCGCAGCUAUUAACUUUCCCCGUGGCGAUUCGGAAGUUUCCGGCGAGAGUUUUGCGGUGGUUUCCGGUGAGGGUUUUGUGGCGGUUUCUGGGAGCAGAGAGGGUUUUGCCUCUCCGACUUCGGUCCUUGCUUACGAUGACGGCGUUGUUGGUGGUUGCGAGACGACGCCGUUUGAGGGUCUCCGUUACGGCGAUGUGGAUGCUUUCGGUUUUGACAUUGACGUGCCGUUAAGUUUGAUGGGCGUUAACUCGGUAUUGACUCAGCGCUUUGGGAAGGAAGAGUUCGGCGAGUUAGACCCGGAAGAUUUCCUGACGUGGCCUGAAUAGGGGGCUUUUUCGUCUUUUUGAAGGGAUUGUGGUUUCUAUCGCGUUAUGCUUGUGCUUGUUGGAAUUCCGAAACUGCCCCUCGCAGAGCAAUAGAUGACUAGAAGAAGAAACUAUUUUUGUCCUAAUGUUAAUUUGUAAUUAAUUUAAUUAUUAUUGUGUAAAGGAAAAUGAGUUAAGUGAAUAGAAGGAAAAGAAAAAUAUGUAAUCAAGUGAGUGAGUAAGGGACUAUGCAAGAUAUAUAUAGUUUGAGUAAGAAUUCUAGUGUAAAAAAUUAUAUAAUUGUUCUAUUAAUUUUGGCAUAUAUUAUUAUGUUACAUGCUGAUCCAAGUUGGCAAGGGACAAAGUUAUAUGA